UCUAUCUAGUCUGUGUUGGCCUGGCUCACAUCCUCCGCCGUCCAGAAAGGCUAGCUGGGAACCUGGAUAGCCAGGGGGAACUCGGAGAAGGGGGUCACUCACGCUCUGAGCAGCCCCAUCCACGCACUCGACAAGGAGAAGGAAGGAGGAGGAGAAGAAAGAGGAGAAGGAGGAGGAGGAGGGGAAACAAAAGGUUCACCAAGGCCAGUGGUUUUUCACCCGAGGAGGCUGCAAAAAAUCCCUCCUUGGGGAGAGGAGACCCAGAUCUCUCGUCGGAUGACCCGUGGCAGGUAAUAUGAAUAUCAUGUAUUCACGCCCACCAAGGCAGGAGAUGGCCAGAGAACAAGGCCCCAUUGUGCAUCGGGGGAUUGGGAUACACGGUUGAACCGACCGAGGGAAGGGAAAUUAGGGCUCGCUAGCGUAAUGCAUGCACCUUCCAAGCCUUCGUUCCCUCGUUCUGACUUAUUCUCAUCAAUUGUCUCGAUCGUUCAAUUCGUUGAAAGAACUGUGAUUGUGGGGCUAGAGGAAAAGGAUUCACGAAAGAGUGUGUCUGAGUGAUAGAAUUAUUCAUAACGGGGAUGAAGGAGGAGGCUCAGUGAAGAAAGUGUCCAUUCCACAUCAAACUCUCGGAAGUGACAUAUAUAUUCUAGAGGCCCACCCAAUAUCAAAAAACAAAACAAAAAAACAUGGUCAGAACUGUACAGAGAAUCUCCGCCAGGGGCUUAUUAAGCCCUGGUGUUAUAGUGCUAGCCGCAGGCCUGCUGCUCGGCUGCGGGUCCGCUCAAGUGGUCGGGGAUGCGGGUCAAUUCUCACCGCUGACCGUCGAGAGCACGACGGUGGGUAUUCGGGUGUUGAGUCAGCACAAAGUGAUAUACAGUGACCCGCCUGUGAGUCGGAACUACGACUCCCAGUCCACGUUCAAUCCCCGGGGCAUGAAGCAAGUGUACGCUUUGACCCACAUUUUCCUUGAUCUCAUUCAGCGCCGAGAUGUCUUGCCUGACUCGCUCAACGCCUCCGUACUAAUGGACACGCCUGCUGAACAGGUGCCCGUGGUCUUAGAAGAACACUGGGAAGAGAUCUUGCUCCAGUAUAUUGGCGUGGUGACCACCGCCGUGUGCGGACUACUCUUGGCUUUGCUCAUCCCGUUGGCUUGUCUCUGCACGUGUUGUUGUCGAUGUGCGGGCAAAUGCGGCGCGGACAACGAGCAUUUCGACAAGAAGAGCGAUGCCUGCAAACGGUUUUCCUUAGGAGUGGUCGUGGCUCUCUUUGUGAUCACUGCCAUGUUUGGUGUGGUUUGCGCCUUUGUUACCAACUACUACAUGUAUGAUGGCACCCGACAGCUCCCUAAGCGGGUCCAAAUGGCCACCCAGGAUACCAGCCAGUACUUGGAUAACACUGGGCGUGAGAUCAAUACCCUACUGGUGUCCAACUUUGCCGAGCUCGAAGAGGUUUUGAACGAGAUCCUUGAUGAAAGCGGUCCCAUUCUCAAGCGCAGUCUGGCCGAGGUGACUGAGGCCGUGGCCAUUGAUGAUCUCACCGACAUUGUAUCGAACCUAGGCAAUGUCAAACGCUACCUCCGCGAUAUCCAAGAGAAAACCUUCAUCCUACAAGAUAAGGUGGGACAACUGAAGUUGGGCUUGGACGGGACUCGAACCCGCCUCAUGCGAGCCAUGGCACAAUGCAGCGCUAGUCGGGCUUGUGAAAAAUUCCUCUCUGAAUACAACAUCACGCGAGACCUGGCCGUUGCCACGGAUUUCAGCUCCCUGCCCACCAAUCUCCCGGAUCUGAGUUUGCUCAUGAAGGACAUCUCCGACCUCAUGAAUAACGACAUCGAACGGAAAGUUCGCGGUGGACAACAGCAACUGAAUAAGGUCAAGACUGAUAUUGAGCGCUCCAUCGGGGAUAUCCGUCCUCGGAUCAAGAGCGAAAUUCGCAACAUGGGCAAACAACUCGAAGAUCAGGCGGCAGAGAUUCAAAGAAUUUUGAACGAGUUCGACGCCAAUGUGGCUGCUGUCACCACUGACGUGCCCAAGAUUCAACCGACUGUCAGCGAAAUCGGAAGCUACAUGUUCUACAUUGGCUUGGGCAUGAGCCUCAUGGUGCUGCUCAUCUUGGUGUGCUACAUCUUCGGGCUCUUCUAUGGCUUCUGCGGCCAACGUCCGGGUAACGUCUACGGUGACGAGUGCUGCAAUACCGGUACGGGGGCCAAUUGGCUCGUGGCUGCGGUGUACCUCACAUUUUUGUUCUCGUUUGUGUUGCUUCUGGUGGCCACGGCCCAAUUCGUUUUGGGCUCGUCCGUGGAAAAGGUGGUGUGUCAGGCCCUACACAAACCCAACGAGUCCGACAUGUUCGACCUUGUGGACCAAAAAUUUAUCCAACCCAUGAUCAAACAACAUCGACCAAAGUCAGGGGACCAUGACUGGAACAUGACCGUUCAUGAGCUCAUCACGAACUGCCAUAAGAACAAGACCAUUUAUGAGCUCCUACAAGUUCAGAAUGUGUACAACGUGGAGGAGCUCCGCACUUGGAGGGACGACUACGAUAUUGGGAGUUCCGUGGAAAACCUCAAGGCCAAGAUUCGAUUGGAUGACCUGAAGGGCAUCCAGAUCCUCUCACCCGAGGCCGAGAAAGAAUUACAGGAUUUGGCCGAGUCGGAUAUCUCGGAUUUGAACUUUGCGCAGUACACCAAUCUUUUGCGGGAGAAGAUCACCUCCAUCGAUCUCGCCACGUUCACUGCCAGACUUCGUCAGAUGCGAGAAGGCCUGAGUCCCAACCAAGGCCGACUAGUUGGCCCAGCCAUUGAGAACGAGGCCUUGUUCCUCGAUCAGAUGCAAAGGGUGGUCAUGGAAAUGAAGCUGGCUAUGAAAGAUCUGGUCAAUUCCGUUGAGGCCCUCGAACAUGAGGCCCAACAUGCCAAGCCAAAUCUCAGAGAGGCCCUUCGAGGUCUUAUCAAGCAGGCCACACAAGCCACUCAAUUCUUGCGCACAGAAGGCCCUGAGUUGGUGAUCAAACUCACGGAUCAGUACGUCAACGAGACCAUUGGCCUCAUUGACGACUACGUGGAACGGGUUGUCACUCGCACUCAACAGGAUGUCGGCCGAUGUGAGCCCCUCUCCAACAGCUACAAUGCCACCGUGAUCGCCGUCUGCAACGAGAUCGUGGACCCAUUCAACGGCCUUUGGGCCAGCAUCGGGUGGUGCGUCAUGAUUUUCUUGCCUUGCAUUGUGCUAGCUCUGAAUUUAGUCUCGCUCUACCGCAAAUCCGAGCCCUACCCAGGACCAUUGGUGGAGGUGAUUCCGGUGGAGGAGUCGUCCCACGUGAAGAAAAAGAAGCGGGGCCAUCGCCGCAACGCGAGUGAAUACCUACCAGAUUCUGCUCACUAUCGGGCUGGCUACUCCUAUCAAAAUACCAGCGGCUCCAGUGAGAAUCGCUUCCAAGACAUGGCCCCGAGGAAUAGUUACGAUAAUCCACAACCUUCGACAUCCGGGGUAAAUCCCGGAACAUCCUCCUCCUCCUCGGGACCACCUCGAUACUCGAGCAAUCCGAGCUUGAUUGGAAAUCCUCCGAGUGAAUACGAACGCCCACCGCCAUACUACUUCCCGGGUUCGGCUCCGAUUGCUGACGCACCUCCCCCACUUCCUGCUCCCAAUCAAUCUAGAAACUGAGAUCUUUCACCAACACCCAAUUUCUCCACCUUUUUUUCUUUCCCUCUGACAAUGGUGCUGAUAUACGAGUGUACAUGACUGUAAAACUUUGCCACGGUUCAACCCACAACAACUUUAUCAAAAGAAACCAGGAGGGACCCGACCCUCUUGUGUCUCCUCUACCAGAAGAACUACAACGUCUAUUUGCUCAUCAUGACGCCAUAUUUUCCUGGAUUGCAUUUCGCUCUCUCGUUCUCUCUCUCUUUCAGAUACAUUCUGUUUUCUCUCUCUCUCUAUCCGUGCAAGAAUAAUUCCGUAUCGAAACUGCCCACAAGACACUGGAAAUAAUUCUAUCACCUUCUCAGGUUCAGUAUCCCCUUCUUAGUACCAACUGCAAGAUAUUCGUGAACUAACGAGCAACCGAUUUGGUUCAAUACUUAACCAGCAACAAGAAAGGUACCUCGAGAGGUACAACAAAAAUAACUACCAUCCUUUUUGUGCUGAUCCUCCGUUAAUUUGUUCUUCUUUGGUUUGUUGUAAAUAUUCCAGACGUACAUUUUAGGUACAUCCUUUUCCAUAUAAGCUAGCCCAUAAGACCAUAAACUUGUUGUGUUCUCUCAAAUAUAGUCUACAAUUUGACUUUGAAUGUGAGUAGUCUUUAGCUAAGCGAAGUAAAAUUCAAUCCAACUGAAUGAUCGAUAAAUAAAUCACUUUAGAGUAUCA